GUCAUGUAAAUGUGUGUAACAUGACCAAAACUGCCCUCCCACAGACUCCCACGCCAGACUUAUUCAGUCGCCAAAGCGCAGAGAGUUCCGCUUACACUGGCCAAUCGCUUGUACCGCUGUUCAGUACCAUUGCAGUGUGAGGGGAUCACAGAGGUGCAGCUUGCGGAGAGAGAGGGACCAUUUGGAGGAAAGGUACUCUACCGGGGGUGACCGCUCGGGGAAAAUACCUCGCUGCUUCCCCGAUAAAGUCCCGUGUUAUUUCUAUAAGCAGCCUCUGUGGAGAGCAGACGAUCCUCAGAAUCAGCUGGAUAUGUGGUUGGCAUGCAGAGAGAGCUGUGGUGCUGCUGACUCACUGCACUGCCAGGUGACCCUCACUGAUUGACAGAUGUGUGACACUGUGGAGAACCAGUCGCCUCUCCCAGUGGAGAUCUGAGUUCUGGGACACUGAGGCAGCCGAGGGGGGGUCUCUGAGGAAGAUGCUGGGUUCAGAGCGCGGUGUUGUCGAAGAAUGGCUCUCAGAAUUCAAGUCCCUACCAGAAACCCACAUCCACAGCUAUGCUGGCAGCCUCCACCUGAAGAAGACCCUGGUGCCAGCGCUGUACAGAGUCAUCCAGGACCCGAACAAUGAGCUCCUGGAGCCUGUGUGCCACCAGCUGUUUGAGCUGUACAGGAGCUCCGAAGACCGCCUUCGCCGCUUCACCCUGCAGUUCCUUCCUGAGUUGGUGUGGGUUUAUCUGCGAGUCACAGCCAGCAGGGAUCGGCAGAGUAACGGGUGCAUUGAAGCACUCCUACUGGGCAUCUAUAACCUGGAGAUCGUGGACAAAGACGGGAACAGCAAGCUCCUCUCCUUCACAAUCCCAUCUCUGUCCAAACCAUCGAUAUACCACGAGCCUUCGAGUCUGGGAUCUAUGGCGUUGACGGAGGGAGCUCUCUGUCAACAUGACCUGAUCAGAGUGGUGUACAGCGGCCUCCACCCUCAGAGGGAGACCUUCACAGCUCAGAACAGGUUCGAGGUGCUGUGUUUCCUCAUGCUCUGUUACAACUCGGCCGUGGUCUACAUGCCCCUCUCCUCCUACCAGUCCGUCUGCAGAAUGAGCUCACGGUUGUGUGUAUGUGGAUUCCCCAGGCAGCAGCAGAAGCUUUGGAGGGAACCGUGCAACCGGGUGCUGCUGGACCCUGAGUUCAUGGUGCAGAUGCUGAGUGCAGUUUAUCACGCCAUAUACAAUGGAGAGUGGGCGAUGGGACAGGAAGCUCUAGAGGACAUUUUGUACAGAGCCCAGCUGGAGCUUUACUCCCAGCCUCUGCUGCUAGCGAACGCCAUGAAGAACUCGCUGCCAGAGAACGCACCUGAUGAGCCGAGGGGGCGUAAGGUGCUUCAGGUGGAGGUGACACCCACCAUCAGCCGCAUCUCGAUCUCAGCCAUCACCACGGCCUCCAUACGACGCCAUCGCUGGAAGAGAGAGGAUUGUUUUGACUACUCAACCGCUGCAGAGUUGAGCAUCAUCGUCAAUCCUCCUAGCCUCGCCCAGCACCUCCACAACAGCAACCACACUCCCUGGGACCCUGCAGCCAAAGAGGAGCGAGGAGGUCAGCCUCCCAGCCACCACCACCACCACAGCAGCAGCAGCAGCAGCAGCAACAUUCCCCCCAUCAUAUUCGAGGAUGCUGAUGGUAUGAGCGGAGGGGAAGAUUCCUUCAACAUUAACGACCCAGAUGAAGGUUUUUCCUCUGGGGCAUCUAACAGCAGCCAGCCCAGUGGCACCAAGCAGGGCAGCGGCGUGGGCCCGAGGGGCGGCAGCCUGAACAGCAGCGGCAGCAGCAGCAUCAAGAAAGCCAUCACCGCCCGGCUGUCCCGCGACAAAGAGAGAGAGCGGGAGAAGGAACGAGAGCGGGAGAAGGAACGGGAGCGAGAGAAGGAACGGGAGCGAGAGAGGGACAGGGAGGCAGAGAAACAAGCAGAUUUGUCCUCGGAUCUCCAGGCCGUCGUGAGAAGGCACCACCAGAGGAAGCAGUCGCCUCCGGCCAGCAUCAUGCUGGACGCCAUUCAACUGAGCCCCAUCAAGAAGCACCUGAGUUUCCCCGUUGGGCCCAUGCUGGUGCGGACUGGCAGCACCUCCUCCAGCAAGUCCUUUGACUGCAUGAAUUUCAACCUGAACGGAGGCGGCGAGGAACGUGAGGAGGCGGUGGGGGGCUCCGACAAGGAGGAAAGGCGUCCAAUGGUUGGCUCCCACCGCCACUCCACCAUCAGCCUGAAGGAAGAGCACCUCGUCAGGCCCGAGGAGGCCCAGGAGCUCCUCUCUCCUGGAGCCCCUCUCACCAAGCAGUCCCGCUCCCCCAGCUUCAACAUGCAGAUCAUAUCACAGGUCUAAUGUGCAUUGCAGGGCAUGCUACACACACACACACACACACACACACACACACACACACACACACACACACACACACACACACACACAAACCUGUUAACACACGUCCUACUGCAGCUUUUCUCUGCAACUCUUAACAGCCCCAGUAUGCCACAUUCUGUCUACUUAACUGUUGUAAUGUGUGUGUGUGUGUGUGUGUGUGUGUGUCUAGGAACACAUCUUCAGACCUCCUAAGUUGUGUCUCCACCCUUUUAACAUCCAUUAAACUUACAAUCAUGACCUGCAGUCGUUGCUGGUGGGUUAAGCAUGACUGAAAAUGCAACAAGAGUAAAGUAGUGAAUGAGGAACUGCUGUAACUACAAACUAGUGUGAAGGAGUGCAGUGUGUCUCUGCAUCCUCCCGAUUCCACCCAGAACCUCUCCUCACAAAGAGGAAUCCAUGAGAGGAUCCCCGUACGGAUGCCACGCUAGCUGUAGGAGAUGUAUGACAUUUCACUUUUCGUUCCUUUUUUUUUCCUCCUGUUGAGUUCUUGACUGAAUCAGUCAAACACGAAUCAGCAAUAACACUUACCGUCGCUCAUGUGGAGGAGAGCAGGACUUCUUGCUCCUUCUCUUCAUUCCUUCCCCCUUUCUUUUCCGGGCUCACGUGCAAUCGUUCUUGCUGAUUAUCUAUGCUGAGGCACAACUAGUUUUAUGAAUGCCAUUUCUUUAAAUGUUUUAUAAUCACAAUCCAAAGAAGGUAAGGUUUGCUUUAGUUUUUCUUUUUUUUUGGUUCUGUUCAGUUUUUUUCACUUGUCAAAAAAUAGUUUGGCAAAAUGUAUUCUCAAGUUUUAAGCCAUGCCCAUUAUUUUUUAAUAAUGUAAUAAUAAUCUCCUAAUUUGAUCUGUAGAAUCAGACUGAUAAGAUUGUUUUAAAACCACUUGGAAUGUGGUAAAGGUUUGACCUUCCCUAAUUUUUUUACUCGACAAAUCUGAAGAAAUCCCUACUGUGCAGCUACAAGAGGAAUGAAUUUUAGAUUGGAAGCUGAAUGUUGGGGGAAAACUGGAUUCAAACAAUGUGGACAGUGCAGGUUUGUGUAUUUUCUAUUGGAUUGUUAUUGCGGUUCAAACCAUUUAAUGGGUCCUUCCAUCCCUAAGCACUUGUUAGUGUGUUUGUGUGUUGAUGCUGUCGAUAUCAUUUCCUGAGCCGAUGAGUUACUGCCCUCUGGAGGUUUGUACUAGUCACUGCACCCCAGCAGUCACUAUGACGAUGGUCUUGUGUUUUGUGCUCCGACUGGACGCUCAUGAAACAUUAUGUUCUACCUCAUUGUGUGUUCACCUGCCACUCAGACAUCUGUCUCCCAAUCAGAUGCAGGAUUUAAAGAGCCCGUUAUGUUUGAAACUGAAGAACCCCGAGGUGUUUGGGGGGUUAUUUCUGUGUUCAUGCGAGGGAGUUGUGACUGAUUAUCAUGUAAUUUCCAUUCAGUUUGAUCGCCUCAUUUUGAUGCACAAAACAGCUGCGAAACAAGAACACGACUGUCUUCAGGUUUUUUCUGACAUUUAUCAACAAAACUGGGAUGAACCUGAUCAUUUUAAUUCCCCAAAAAGCCCCCCUCCCCCCGCUCCUUUUUUAUGUAAUGAUUUCUGAAGUGCAAUUGUUUUAAUCCUCAUGUGCAUGGAGUUGAAUUAUCUCUGCUGUUAAUUGCCUGCAUCUGGGAACAGUGCUAGCUUUAGCCUUGUGUAGUGCUUCCUUGCCUAGGCUGAGUGAUUUUGAACAUGACGUGCUUGUUUGCAUGUUAUUGCCCUGCAAAGCACUGCUGUUUCAGAUGUCUGAAAUGCCCAGCAAGCCAACCCCCCCAAGUCCCAUCCUCAUCUUUGCCAGAUGUGCCAAAACACAUCCUCUCUUUAAGGAACUUUAUUUUGCUUGGAUGUCUUAAGUUAAAAUGCCUUUUUUUCUGUUCAUGGGUCUUAAUUUGAAGGAAAGGGACGAUAAAAAAGGGUUGUUUGGACAUUUGGCUCUAUGGUGCCCUUAGAUGCAGCUUCACCUUUUUUAAUUUUUUUUGCCAUGACUUCUCUUUUCACUUGUCACAGAUGUUUGCAACACAGUGUAGUUCCACAAUCGUUUCUUAGCUUUUCACAUGUAAAAGCAGUAUAUUCUGUGUAUAUGUACUGUGGAUGUCAGUUGUCGUGUUGCAUCUUCCAUGUCUUGCUCACGUGCUUGUUUAAAACGAGUAUGAAUGAUUAAUGUAUAUAAAAGUCAGUUCAGUCUGCAGUGAAAAUCCCACACUCAUUCUCCCCACCAUGCUGGACACCCUCACAACUGCUGCUCCUGGUCCCAAAUGAGUCCUUGUGUGCGCUUUAGCCUUAAACAUUUCAGGCCACAGAGCUUCAGUCGGCAGCUCUUUGGCCUUUUCGAGCUCAUGCUCCUCCUCCUUCUCCUCCUUCUCCUGCUGGACUGGAUUGAGGAGGGGGAGGACAAAAGAAGAGAGGAGUGCAGCUACAGUUCACACUUGUGUCCGGUCUGUCUGCUGUCAUCCCUGUUCUGUGUGGCUCACGAUGAGCGGUGUAUACGUUUGCUGUAAUUUGCUGUGAGCCGAGCAGCACCUUUUUGCUGUUUUACUGGUAAUGUGUUCAUGUCAUUAAUAUGAGUGCCCCUUGACCAAGGUUACCAGCAGCCAUGUUGGUACAGUAUAGUGUAAUGGAUAGAAAAAAUCCCCUCAGUGUCUGGUGUUAUUUGCAUGUGGUCAGGGCAGGAAAUGAACACAAUGUGUGAUUAAUAAGCCAAACAAUCCACGAGGUCCAUCUCCAUUCAAAAGAGGCUAAAUGAGGUGGUUAAAAAUGUGUACUUGGGGAGCCACUGUUGCUGAUGGACAAAGAUCAUUUCCUGCCCCGAAUGGGAUAACUGUGGGCUUUGUUUUCUUACAGUAUAAUGCACUUUAAUCCAUCCACCUCUCCUCAAGAUAGUUAUUGAAAUUAUAUAUAUAUAGAUGUGCAAAUGUGUAUACACUCAAUGCAGGGUUUUAGUCUCUUUAAAGUAGUACUUCUAUGUGAUGUCACAUUCAACACAAUGCUAUUUUUGUUAAAGUCUAAGGGUACAGCUAUUUAUUUUUUUCUUUUCAAAACCAAAAAAAGUUACAUGGUGUGGAAGGGUCUCAGGAGUGUAUCAAAAGCCACAUUUAUUUAAAAAAAGAAAUUAAAAAAAAAAAUGGAAGCACCAAAAUUUCCGUUCUUUAAGUCAGAAUUGAUUCUAUGCAACAUUUUUUCCCCCUUUUUUUUUUUGGUUUUUGGUGUUCUGGCUUCCUUUGAUUGUUGUCCGAUGGGACAGGGCAGUUACAUUUAAGCAGAUUCCUCAACAGUGUCCCCAUUCAGCAAUUCUGUUUCCACACCCUUGUGGUGCUACAUAACAAAGGACCUCUCUUAUAUAGGUGAACUACAGUAAGAGGACCACCCAUUCGUCAUGUGACUGCCCUCACACAGAGAAAGCCACAUCCGGACUUCUGGUGCAUGUUGAGCCCUUCUGUCAGUUUGCUGCUCGGUGGCUCAAAGACGUCAGUUGGUGUAUGAAAUCUAAACCGAUUAUCAACCAUGAGUCAAAUCAAAAACGCUUCGAUUGGAAGCUGCUGGAUGAUGUGAUCACACUGUACUAUUGAUGUUGUAUAAAUGGAGAGAAAGACUUAUUUUAAAUCUUGUAAAUAAACUGUACAAAGGUGAAAGCAAGAUAAAUAUAAGAAACUGUCUGAGAUGUAGAGAGAAAUCAAUCUGUAUAUUGUUGAAUAAAUAUUGUGCUGUAAAGUA